AUGUGCCACUUUCAGGUCUCCUCACACUGCUGGUGGGUUCCAUUUUGUCAUAGGGUGCUGGCAGAUUACGGGCCUCCCAUUGCUGCUGCCAGGCCCGUAAUCUGUCAUGGGCCCCUGUACCGCCUCCUCAUGCUGCUGCCAGGUCCAGAGUGUCUCAUGGGUCCCUGUACGGCCUCCCAUUGCUGCUGUCUCCAUCGCCACACUCUGCCAUGUGCCACUUUCAGGUCUCCUCACACUGCUGGUGGGUUCCAUUUUGUCAUAGGGUGCUGGCAGAUUACGGGCCUCCCAUUGCUGCUGCCAGGCCCGUAAUCUGCCAUGGGCCCCCCGUACCGCC